AUGUGCACCAGCAGCCAGAUCAUCGGGAGCCUCCUGGUGCUCUCCGUGCUGGAGAUAGGGUUAGGGGUGUCCAGCGUGGCCGUGGGGGCGGUCAGUUUCAGCCUGGUCCUCACAGAGCAUAAACCUCAGCUGGGAGACUCUUCUCCGUUCCUGCUUUGCGGCAUAUGUGGAAUAUUGUGCGCCAAAAAAAAAUCUGGACUUGUUAUGAUACUUUUUUCCGCCUGUUGCAUCUGUGGACUAAUAGGAGGAAUCUUAAAUUUUCAAUUUCUUCGUGCUCUGACAAAGAAGUCAUCUUCUCUCUAUUCCUUGCAUCUUGCCUCCAUGUCUCUUGCAUGCAUUGGAAUCGGUGGUUGCACCCUUUCUUCAUGGCUCACUUGUCGGCUAGCCAGCUAUGAACAAAGGCGAAUGUUCUCGGAAAGGGAACAUUCAUUGCAUCACUCCCAUGAAAUGGCAGAAAAAGAAAUGACAGACAACCUAAGCAAUGGUGGCCCACAUCUGAUUUAUAAUGGAAGUCUCAUCAGCAAGAGAUUAGAAACAGGCCUCAGCACGGGUUUAAGUGUGCUGGACCCUGUGGCUUUCAUGGUUUGUAGCUGCCUCCAGCUGGCCGGCCUGGCUGCCACCACUGUGCUACCCCAGAGGGGCACCACACCUGGCUCAUCCAGCCAAGGAGAAGCUGGGAGCACUCCAGGACACACAGGGUCCUCACACCACUUCUCUGGAGUUCCACUUGAGCCUGGCUAUGCUAGUGAACUCCAGUUUGACAACAGGUCUGCAUUUUCUUCAAAAUCUUCCAAUGGAGAUGGUGAACAUGGACUCAAACUAAGAGUAAGCACGAUUUAA